GGGGACUAUGGCUGAGAUUCCCCCCCUCACCCCCACCCUAGAGAAGCUGAAGCUGCACCCGGACUGCAGCCACUAUGGUUACCUGAACCGUGAGAAGUCAGUGCUGCCCGGCACGGAUGAUGCCACCAACUUCCGUGCCAUGCAGGAUGCCAUGGCGAUCAUCGGCUUCACACCCGCCGAGGUGACGGCGCUGCUGGAGGUGACGGCCGUGGUGCUCAAACUGGGCAACGUGGAGCUGAGCAGCUGCUUCCAGGCCAGCGGGAUGGAGGCAUCCAGCAUCCGCCGAGCCACGGGGUACGGU